GUCUUACGUUGCACACUUCCCUUGUUUAGCUAAUCAUUUGGACCGACAAAAUAUUGCCGCUGGGAUUCCCUCAAAGCAUAAGGCGGAGGGAGAUGGAUUUCCAAAGGCUGCUAUUGCAGGUGGAACAAGCCCUGAGCAGUGAAGAAGUACAAGCACUUGCAUUUCUUUGCAAAGAUCUGCUUGAGAAAGACUGUAGCUCAGUGCCCACAGCAAGUCAACUCUUCUCUCUUCUGACGGACCAAGAACUGUUAACCCCCGAUCAGCCUUACUUGCUGGCCGAUUUAUUAUGUACCAUCCAGCGCCACAGCUUGAUGCGAGAGCUUGGCCUCAACAACCAGCUUCCAACAACCAGUAGCCUCAUCUCUCCUUAUAGAAAACUGCUGUAUGACCUAUCAGAGAACACCACUGAAGACGAGUUGAGAGAGAUUAAGUUCCUAUUGGCUGACAUACUCCCUCGUAGGAAACUGGAGGGCAACGUGACUACCUUGCAAGUAUUCCUGGAAAUGGAGAAAAUUGAUAUGUUGAGCGUCAUAAAUCUAAACAUUGUUGAAAGUAUGUUUGGAAGUGUCUGCCCCAUGUUGAGAACAAGAAUCAACCAGUUUAAAACAAAACAGGGGCUAGUAACCCAAAAAACAGGGGUGGGAUUGUUAAGACCAAGGUCUUCUUCUGCAUGUCUUCCUCCAGAAAACCAGGCUGUCUCCAUGCUUCCAAUGAGACCUGUGUCAUGUGGACUAUCAGGUUCACAGCUUUCAGCUGAGGUGUCCACUCUGAAUCCAGCUGACACCUCUCUGGAUGUUCGGAGGGUCUCAGAUACAGCGGAUGCAGUACUUUCACAUAGGCUGGGUCUCCUAAGUACCAGUGGGGACAACGAUGCUGCUCUCAGCCAAGAGAAUCGCCAUGUUUCAUCCAUACCCUCACGUGGACACAAUAAGAACUUUGACCCUCCAAAUCGUCAGACAGGAAACACCACAAAAGAGGAAGUGAGAGAAUAUGCUAUGACAGGAAGAAAGAGAGGUUACUGUCUGAUAAUUAACAACUACAACUUCAGAAAUUCUCCAAAACCCCUAAACAAUAGAGAGGGAACACAGGUUGAUGAAAGCAGUUUGGUGAGUGUGUUUGAGUGGCUGGGCUUUGAGACGCAGAUUGAGCCAGACUGCAGCCGAGAGCAGUUACUGUCUCGAGUUGAGGAGCUCCGCAGCCGUGACCACAGCCAGAUGGACUGCCUGGUGUGCUGCGUUCUGAGCCACGGGCUGGAGGGAUGUGUUUAUGGGGUGGACGGGCUGAAGGUCAGAGUCAGGGAGCUCACAGAGCCCUUCUCUGGACUGGAGUGCAGCUCACUGAGGGGGAAGCCCAAGCUGUUCUUUAUCCAGGCCUGUCAGGGCAUCAAGGAACAACAGCCCGUGUUCAUUCAGUCCGAUUGCCCAGGCGCUGAUGGCUCUACUAUCACCAGCUCUAUCUGCACUGAUGCAGUGGUACCCAGAGACUCCUUUCCCUCUGAUGCCGACUUCCUUCUGGGCAUGGCCACUGUCCCUCACUUUGCCUCUUUCAGAGACAUGAGUAAGGGCACUUGGUUCAUCCAGUCAUUGUGCCAGAACCUCAUCAACAUGGUUCCCAGUGGGUAUGACUUGCUGUCCAUCCUGACCAAGGUAAACGAUGAUGUCAGCAGUAAGAGUGAUAACCAUGGCACAAGGAAGCAGAUGCCCCAGCCUGCAUACUCACUCAGGAAGAGGCUGGUCUUUCCCAUCCCAAAAGACCCUCCACCCAGACUACAUGAGCCAGAAAUAUUGGCUUGAGAGCGCUAGAGCAGAGGGGUUUAAAUCUGGUCCUUAUACUUUCCCACCAAAUCAGGGACGGAUUCAGACACUAUAUGUGUAGACUCACCAACAAUAUAUACACCCUCUGGGAUCACUCAGGUAGAAGGUGCAGAUUUACAGUUUAUUUUUUAUACCUCGCUCUGUUUUAUUUAUACUACCAGUCAAAAGUUUGGACGCACCAAGUCAUUCCAGGGUUUUCUUUAUUUUUACAUUGUAGAAUAAUAGUUAAGACAUCAAAACUAUUCAAAUAACAUAUAUGGAAUCAUGUAGUAACCAAAAAAAAGUGUUAAACAAAUCUAAAUAUAUUUCAGAUUCUUCAAAGUAGCCACCCUUUUCCUUGAUGACAGUUUGCACACUAUUGGCAUUCUCUCAACCAGCUUCAUGAGGUAGUCACCUGGAAUGCAUUAAAAUUAACAGGUGUGCCUUAUUAAUUUCUUUCCUUAUUAAUGCGUUUGAGCCAAUCAGUUGUGUUGUGACAAAGCAGGGGUGGUAUACAAAAGAUAGCCCUAUUUGUUAAAAGACCAAGUCCAUAUUAUGGCAAGAACAGCUCAAAUAAGCAAAGAGAAACACCAGUCCAUUAUUUUAAGACAUGAAUGUCAGUCAAUAUGGAACAUUUCAAGAACUUUGAAAGUUUCAUCAAGUGCAGUCGCAAAAACCAUCAAGCGCUAUGAUGAAACUGGCUCUCAUGAGGACCGCUACAGGAAAGGAAGACCCAGAGUUACCUCUACUGCAGAGGAUAAGUUCCUUAGAGUUAACUGCACCUCAGAUUGCAGCCCAAAUAAAUGCUGUUCAACUGUUCAGAGGAGACUGUGAAUCAGGCCUUUAUGGCCGAAUUGCUGCAAAGAAACCACUACUAAAGAAACAUGAGCAAUGGACAUUAGACCGGUGGAGAAUGUUUGGUUUUAUUUAGACUUCAAGGCACACUUACACUCCAGGCUGUGUAAGGGCUGUUUUUACCAAGAAAGAGAGUGAUGGAGUGCUGCAUCAGAUGACCUGGCCUCCACAAUCACCCAACCCUAACCCAAUUGAGAGGGUUCGGGAUGAGUUGGGCCGCAGAGUGUAGGAAAAGCAGCCAACAAGCGCUCAUCAUAUGUGGGAACUCCUUCAAGACUGUUGGCAAAUAAUUCCAGGUGAAGCUGGUUGAGAGAAUGCCAAGAGUGUGCAAAGCUAUCAUCAAGGCAGAGGGUUGCUACUUUGAAAAUGUUCAAAUAUAUUUUGAUUUGUUUAACACGUUUUUGGUUACUGUAUGAUUCCAUAUAUGUUAUUUCAUAGUUUUGAUGUCUUCACUGUCAUUCUACAAUGUAGAAAAUAAUACAAAAUUAAGAAAAACCCUUGAAUGAGUAGGUGUGUCCAAACAUGUGACUGGUACUGUAUAUAUCAUGAUUGUGACUUGCUACUUGUUCUUGUACUGAGGCGUAAUGUGAGUUUCACCUUUGUGGUGCAGAUGGCACCAGAAGGGGCCAUUAGAACAUUAGGAGAGUUUUAAACCAUGUUUCACAAUCAGAAAAACAGGUUGCUCAUGACAUUUCCAGGCGGAGGAAGGAGGAGUGGUAAUUCUGCCUGAUCUGAUUGGCAUGUUAAAACAAGGCCCUGCUGUCAGAGUGGCAAGUCAAGACAAAAUAACACACAUAGUAGUCAUCGCUCUACUCUACUCGGCUCUGCUCUGCUAUCAAUGUAGGUAGUCUUGUUUGUGCAAAGUUUAAAUCUCACAGAGACUCGUAAAUAUUGAGGAGCUAAUUUAACAUGACCUUUUUGGAAUGUUGGAGCUGCAGUUAAAUCCAACACAGAGCAAUAUUUUCACAAACCCUGGACAUUGUGUUUGUUAUUUCUCCUUUCAUAUUCUUUGUAACCUACUGGUUACUACAUGAUUCCAUAUGUGUUCUUUCAUAGUUUUGAUGUCUUCACUAUUGUUCUACAAUGUAGAAGAUAGUAAAAAUAAAGAAAAACCCAUGAAUGAGUAGGUUUGUCCAAACUUUUGACAGGUACUGUAUAAAAAAAUGAAAUUCAGUAGAAAUAUAUCCAAAGAACUGUAAAUAGAAAAUUGUAGGAAAUGUUUUUAAUGCUUCAAUAUGAAACCUUUUGGCCAAAGUAACAUGAAAUUUGAGUUAUAGAUCUGUCAUUCUCAUUGAAAGCAAGUCUAUGAAGCAGUAGAUCGGUUCUAUGUGAACUAUUUCUAUACUUUCAUUUUUUUUGUUUACAUCUGUUUUGUACACCAGUUUCAUACACCUGAAAAUACAAUAUUUUUGGUUAUGGAAAAUAUAUUUCACAGCAGUUAGAUGGUACAAUGUUUCUCUACACUAUACUUGCUUGUUUUUCACAAACUGAAAUUAGGCGAACUAUUAGAAUUUUAGCAACCAGGAAAUGCCAGAGUGAUUUCUGCAUAUUGCAUCUUUAAAUUGUAUUUUUGGUGCAAAGGAGAAGCAAUAACAAGAUAACUGAAGAGCACUUAUUAUGCAACUUGUUUACCAUUUUGUUUUUUCUUCUAUAUUAUAAAAUUCUUUUCCCCUUGUACGUUGACUUCCUAAAUCAAUAAAGGCAAUUUUCAUUCAA